CCUUCAUCCAGACCCACCUUGUCAGGGACUUUGAGCUGUUUUAUAUCAGACCAUAUAACCAAGCUGUGGUGGAAUGCCAGCAUCCUAUCCGGACUGUCCUUCUCUCACUAUCCCUACCACAUCUACAUUAUGGCCUUCACAAUCCAAUUUGAAUCCGCCGGGAUCUACCACGUCGGCACCCCUUCCCAACAAAUGCUCGUCUCCUUCGAAGAACUCCUCGGCUUCCACGCGGGAAUUACCGGGCUCCUCGAAUACGGACACGGGUGGCGAGUCACCAAAGCAGUCAUCCGACGUUUCAUGGCCCGUCUCCGCUGGCGACCGAUGGAGAGUCCGUACGCGGUGUGCAUUGACAGUUCCGGCCCGAUCUACUAUGUGAUCACUCAUGGAGAGCAUGCAAUCCGGAUCACAGGGCAGGAGCUGGAAUCUUCGCUCUUCGGACGCGUGAUUAAGAGGCAAUGGGAUCGUGGAUUGGAGGAUCUGGGGUGGUCGGAGGUUACAUUGUCGAUCUUGCGGGCGUUUGUCUAUGGGUUGUGGAAGAAUUUGGCGUACUAUAUGCGGUGGAGGAAGGUUGGGUCUUCUUGA